AUGCGUUUGAAUGAACCAGCUGCAAGAACGCGACCCAGAACAAAAUCAACGACAGAAGCCACCAAGUUCUCAUCAUCCAGGGGUGACCUUCACCUCGAAUGCUCCGUGCCCAACCUGAUCAGGCUGCUCCUCCUCAUCGCAACGAUCAUGGGCGGCGGACUCGUCCAGGCCAAGACAAUUUACGACUCGGUUAACAUGAUUCAGGCGCUGGAUGCCCUGGUGGAGCCACGGGAAACGACCAAGGUUCCCCUGCAAACAACGCCAGCCACGCCCACUGCCCACGCCCACGCCCACAUCCAGGUGUCCACGUUACGGAGUAGUUACGAGGAUUCAGAUGAUGGCGUAGAUGGCGAUUAUGUCAUCCCAGAGAGCCAGACAUCUACGGUGGCGAUCCUGGAUCUGGAUUCCCCCAUGAAGGGCCAGGACAUGGAGUCGUUAUCCCUGCAGGCAGGAUCGGGCACAGUUUCCCCAAAGAGCAGCCCCGAUUCUUCCGGACACAAGAAGAACGCCUCCUUCCAGCAGAUUGGCAGCCAGAAUGUAAACGCCUUAGUGCCGGCCACAGUGGCCACCACUUCAUCCGGCCUCCCGUCGAGCAGCAACUCCUCCUUGGCCACGCCCACGGAGCCGGCGAGGAACCGGAGCACCGGCCUCGUCCGCAACUCCGCAGUCAAGGUGGACAGCAAGCAUCCACUGUCCAAGGGCCAGAAGACGGACGCACCCAUGCUGAACUACAUCUUCGACACGUUCUCCUCGGCCAACAAGCACCAUCACCACGAUCAGAGGUAUGGCCCCCACUUCGAGGAUGUGCAGCGGAUUGGUCAGGCCACCAAUCUCACCGUGCAGGCGGGCUCCAGCAUCCACCUGAACUGCAGGAUUUCCCUGCUGCAGGAUAAGACUGUCUCUUGGGUGCGGCACAACACGCAGGACGAGGGCAAGGACAAUGGCAACGCCCUGGACCUGCUGACAGUGGGCAUGCACACGUACACGGGUGAUAAGCGCUACAAGAUGGAGUUCCAGUACCCCAACAACUGGCGACUGAAGAUAACCAAUGUGAAGAAGGACGACGAGGCCAUCUACGAGUGCCAGAUCUCAACGCAUCCGCCCCGCGUCAUUCAAAUCAACCUGCACGUGAAUGCUCCGAAAGUGAUGAUAGUGGACGAGGUGGGGGAUCCGCUGCAGGAGAAGUACUACGAGAUCGACUCCACGCUGCAGCUGUCCUGCGUGGUACGGAACGUGGCCAUGACCAGUUCCGUGGUCUUCUGGAAGCACAUGGACAACAUCCUCAACUACGACGUUACUCGCGGGGGAGUGAGCGUCAAAACCGAACUGAUGGAGGAUGGAGCCAACUCGACGCUCUCCAUAGCGAAGAUCAGUAAAACGGAUUCCGGCAACUACACGUGCUCCAUCAGCGAGUUCCAGAACUUUACCAUAGUGGUUCACAUUCUGAACGGCGAAAGCUUCGCCGAACUGCACCAUGGUGGUGCGGGUGGGAUGCACAGCACGUGGUGGCAGCUGGUGGUGCUACAUGUAAUGGCACUCCUUGUGCUAAAUAGUCUAAGGGGGGAGUUUAGCUAAGGUAGCUUAACUAGGACUAGGUAAACUGAGAGAACAUCGUUUUCCCGUAGCUCUUUUUGUUGAUUAAUUGUAAAGAUUCUGAAUUGGAGGGGCAGUUAUUGGAAAUAACUUAAAACGCAGCCUAAGUUUAACUGGCUAUUAUAGAUAUGUUUCUACGUCUAUCAUCAAUUUGUACAUGAGCAGGCACGCGUAGGAUUAAGCUAGGAUUAAGGACUAAGCUCGAGUGUAUUUGAAAUCCGGAGAGAGGCCAACGAAUUUCCCUAGCAGAGUGUCUCACAGUCAGAGUUCAUGGUCUAGAUCUGGCCCAGAUCUAGAUCUAGAUCUAGUUGAUACAGGAAUGUAAAGCGUAGUGUAAUCUAAGUCACCACCAGUUCAUUCAUAAUCACGGCUUUUGCGGCAAGGAUCUGAGCUCCUGGGGGAACUACUCAAUGUUGAACUAAUAUAAAGUGCAAUACGGUCAUAUACAUAUUAUAUACAUACACACUCGCGGCAGAAGCAUCAAAGGAUAUGUUAAUAAACGAAUACUCGUAUGUACGCAAUAAUAAAGUGAACUAUAAAUGAA